GACACAAAGCAGAAGGCCGUUGUAGAAGUAAGGAAAACUGGAUUGCGUUAAUAAACAUCGAGAUGGCACUGCGACCGAUUAACCUGGACACCUUCAGCUUGUCUCUGCUCACUGCCAAAGAGGACAUCCUAAACCCCCGCGCAUCUACUAACUGGGCUUUGUUCUCAUAUGAUGGUGUCACCAACAACCUGAAGCUCUCUGAUUCUGGAGCUGGUGGUUUGGUGGAGCUGGCAGGGAAGUUUCACAUUAGUAAACCCAUGUAUGGGCUCUGUCGCCUGGGCAUGACAGAGAUGGGUGUUCCCCAGAUAGCCAUGAUCUGCUGGGUUGGUGAAAACGUGGAUGAAUACCGCAGGAAGGAAUGUGCCAGCCACGUGCCCGCAGUCCAGGCCUUCUUCAAGGAGGCUGUGUGUGUAACUGCUCUGAGCAAAGACGACGUGACAGAGGAGAAGAUUGGAGCGGUUAUGACGAAAGCACGCCCUCCGUUGGAUAGAAUGAGGAGACACUCCAGGCCUGUGGAAAAGGAGGAGACAGUCGGUACCAACUACAGGAAGACAAAUGCUGCCAUGGAGAUGAGACGGAUAAACAGGGAUUCGUUCUGGGCACAAGCAGAGCGUGAGGAAGAGAAGAGAAAAGAGGAAGAGCGCAGGAGGGCAGCGGAGGAGCGGAGACGUCUUGAGAGAGAGAGGAUCCUACAGGAACGGAGAGAGGCAGACGAGAGAGACAGGAAGAUGAAUGAAAAGAUGCAGAUGAUAGAGGAGCAGAGGAGAAUUCAGGCUCAGCUCGAGGCAGAAGUGAGGAAACAGGAGAAGGCCAGAUGGGAGCAGCAGCAGAGGGAGCAUGAGGAGGAUAUGAGAGUUCGCUUUAGACGCAGUGAAUCCAUCGAGAAAGCAGCCGAGGCAGCAGCACUUGUUUCCCAGCGCACAAUGAACCCACGGGAGUUUUUCAGACAGCUUUCCUCAUCUUCACAGAGUCCGGCCAGUCCUUUAUCCCCACGCACAGUCAAACCUCCAUUCCGUCGUUACCAGCGCAGUCUGACCGACACUGCCUUCAUCUUCGAGAAGUCCGACAACAGCCUUCCCACCUCUCCCAUCAGCCCCUUCCAGAACUCUCCGUUCUCCCGCUCCCCCGGCACACCCCUAAACAGAACCGUGUCUCCGCCCAGUCCCAACUUUCGUCCAAUCACAUUCCCCCACCGCCAGCCCGCUCCCGUUUCGUCUUCGUCUACAUCGCCUCUGCGCACCCCUCCACCUGUGACCUCGUUGCCCAGCCCACCCCCCACUAGACCCCCUCCACCUCAGAGCUCUCCCCCCAGCUACGGUGCACCGUCGGCAGGCAGCACACAGCCCUCUGCCCCUCCAGCCUCUCCGGGUUUGCUGGCUAGGCUGGAGGAGACGGAGUCCUCGUCUUCUCCCACUCAGAGCAGGCAGGAACCUGCUCCAAUCCCACUGGCCCCGACUGCACCUCUGCCUGAGGACCCACCGCAGGCUGAUGAGCCAGAGCCAGAGCCCAGGUCCAAAGAGGCAGAAGUUCGCCCCCUGGUGGAGGUAGAGGGAACUGCAGAGGAGGAGUUUGAGGAUCAGUCUGCAGGAGGGGUUGAAGACUUUAGGCCAGAGGUGGACCAGGCAGAACCAACUCCUGUGGAGCAGACGGAGGACUGUGAGGAGUCAGGGGAGGCAGAGGAGAACGGAGUGAGCGACGAGGAGGAUUUAGAACAAAACCAUGUGACUCAGAAUGGUCACUUCACAGAGUCAUGUGACCUGAGACAGGGCAGCCCAGAAUGCUGCACUGGAAACCAUGACAACGCUGAGGAUGAGCAGACUGCCGAGAGUCCAGGACAGUAUGGCUCUGAAAAUGGAGAGGAGUCACCAUCAGACGGACAGUUGUGUGUGCGAGCACUCUACGACUAUCAAGCAGAGGAUGAAACAGAGCUGUCCUUCGAGCCAGGUGACAUCAUCAGAGCCGUGGAAACGGUGGAUAAAGCCUGGUGGAGGGGGUUCAGCAAAGAUGGCCGCCAGGGUCUCUUCCCAGCGAACUACGUGGAAACCAUUUAG